AAUAUUACAGAGUUAAUUUCUGAGAAUUCGAUUCGGAGCAAACUGGAACAAGCGAUACAGAUUUUCGUCCAUAUUGGAAAAGAUCAACGUGCUCGAUCAGAGGAUUGCUCAACGACGGGUACCGCAUGGUACAGGAGUGACAUCUCGUGCGGUCACCACAUCUUGUGCGGAUACAUACAACUCCUGGUCAAUAGGACCCCCUGUUACACAUAUGAUGUGAUGAAACCCACGUACUGCGACACGUGUUAUGUGCCGGCUCGUACAAGGUCUUCGAAACUAGUACGAUGCCUUUCGGAGUAACGCGUCCGUGGCACUCUGCACACGGACACGAAAUUGUCGUUUGUCGUGUUGUUCGUGACGUCGUCAUAUCGAAAUUCGCCAGGUACACAUCACUGCUUGUGGGAAACGAAGUGACCUCGACGACGGCCUGGAAGAUUACUGGAGCCGUCCCGAUGCAUGUUACUGUGUAGGCAUAGUGUAACGCAAUUGUGUUGGAGGACAAUUAGAGGAAGGACGAUUGCGUUCUCGCUUGUCGAUAGGUUGGUUGGUUGGUCCGACCCAAGUUUUGUGGGUAUCGACAUAAGUAGCAGCCACUUAAAAAUUUAUUUGGAGCGCUUGUCUGGCCGUGCUGCUUUCUACAAUAAAACCACUCAGACACCCAAGAUAGAGGGAACGCUCGCUGUCGACCAAGUGGCUGUUGCCAGGAUUAUGUCUCGUCUCGAACGAAAUUUCUUUGCGCCGGAGGUACGGGAGCCACGUCACGUAUCGUUCCAUCCGUCUCGUAGUAAUGGGAAUAUGACUGACAUUAGCUGCCUCUCGACAUCUGCGUAUCUACUACAGUACCACAUGGAACACAGAGAUUACUUUAGUCGAACGGCGUCAGCUAAUCCACAUAAAAUGGACCUUAGUUUUGACGAGCCAAGCAAACCCUUGCGCAACCAGGGAGUCUCCGGGGAACGGGUGACCCUGAAGAUGGACGUCUCGUUUUCUGAUCAUUCAUUCAUUAUUGGCCGUGGUGGCAAAGGAAUACAAGGGGUAAUGCGAGAAACUGGCUGCCACAUACAUUUUCCUGACUCCAACAGAAAUCACCGCUCUGAAAAAAGUAACCAGGUGUCUGUAGCGGGACCACCUGCUGGCGUAGUUGCAGCUCGACAGAGAAUUCGCGAGCAUCUGCCGAUUUCUUUUGCGUUCAUGGUGGAUAAGGAUGAUUACAGGAGGGCAGUGACUCCAUCUGAGUCAGCUUCUAAAACAAAACUGGAACCGAAAGCGAAAGUUAAACAUAUGAUCGAGGCUCUGCAGAACGAGUUUCGUAUGACCAUCACUUGGUUGCCUAUGGAGAACUUUUCUUGUGCGAUGGUCACUGUGCGAGGGAGACAAAGUAACUUUGAGCGUAUUCGUGAGGGUCUGCGUCGAUUGACAGCUUUUCUGCGGCCUGGACAGCCACCGCCAUACGUACACCUCGGCAUCGAGGUAUCUCCACACCAUUUAAGCUUCGUGAUGGGUGCUGGUGAAGUGAAAAUGAAAACGCUGAUGCAAGUCACGGGUACGGAGUUCAUUAUUCCCCCAAUUAGAUCUGACACGUCCCAUCACAUACCCACAGUGCGGAUCUUCGGCGAAGUUGACAAUGUUUACCAAGCGUGGCUAGCAUUCAUGGACCUUCUGCCGGUCGUCCUACAUAUCGAUAUACCAGAUACGGUCGAAGUAUGGCGUGGGCGAAAUUUCGAGUACCGGGAUCGUUCCGGCGAACACGUCCAUGAUACUGAGGCAAUAAACAAUGGGGAGCAAUCGGCGCCAUGGCCGUUAUCUGGGCCGAUUGGGGAUCGUCGUCAACAACAACAGCAUCGUCAACACCGUGCUUCCACGGAUCACCUGCAAGAGCUUCGCGAAUUCGUGUCGCCCGAAGUGCAGACCACAGUUGCCCUCAAUGGAACGGAGUUGGACGGGGACACUGGGGUUUUGAAUCCUGUUUUCCGCAGGUUGGCCACGUCGACAGACCACCUGAACUCAAUGCUGCGCAGCUACGAUAUAUCAUUGAUGUUACGGUUGGGUCGUGAUUCGCGCCAUUGGAGAAUGGUGGCUAAGGGCCCUGAGAAACACGUCGACUUGCUCAUCGACGUCUAUCGAGCGAUCAGGGAUUCUAGCCACGAUCCAAUCGCUUCGAUACGCAAUGCACUCCUCGUAACACCGAUGAACAGUUUUUCGUUGAACUCCCCCCCUGCCCAUAGUUUUCCGGCGUUCUCCUCGUUAAUUCGAAGUUCGAGUUUCAGCGAUGCGCGAACGAACUCAGACGAGAUACGCCUCAAUAAUGCUACUUGGUCUUCACGGUGUUCAUCAACAGCGUCCUGCCACGGCCGAUCGAACCACGAUCUCGGAUGUGUUCCCUGCGAAAUGCUGGGAUCACAAGAAACUUGCGAAAUGUUUGCAAAACUGCUCAAGAUCAGUAGGGAACUGAGCAGUGAAGGUCCAGCGUUUGGUUACUAUACGAUUACCCCUUCGUCUGGUCUCAAUGACGAACAGCGUCGUUCUAGCAGAUUAGUUACAAAUAACAAUGAAACGCUGUUUCCAUCGACCCCAUAUCGUUACUCCAUUGAGUACUUCAAUCAUUAUUUUGGAGGACGGUAUCCGUCUACCGGUUCCCGCAAUGGUAGUAAUUCCACGCUGCACCACGGGGGUGUCCACAACGCGAGCCCCGGUUUUCAUCAUUCUACCGGAUCUGGAUCCGAGUACUCGCCGUGGAACGGGGUAUCGUCGUUUGACCUCUCUGUAAACAACGACUCUGCAUCAAGAGGAUUGUACUCCUAUGGAGACUCACUGGGAGCUUCCGGUCGCGGCUCCAUUUCAUCAUACUCGAUGUUGUCACAUAACGAGGAAGCCGGAAGUGCACACCGUAGGACCAGUGAAACAAUUUACAACCCGGCACGCCAAGGCUGUAGUGGAAAUCUAGAAGUUUUCCCACAUGAUGGGCGAGGUGAUUGCCCGACAGUCAAAGAGUUUGAUGCAGCCCCUGGAGCUGGCAGAGACCAUCGCUAAAUGUAGCUGACGCUGGGCCAGUGACGAACGUGCAAACAUACAUACAUAUGAAACGUACGAAGCUGGUCGUCGAAUGUGUGAGUUCGCAAAGGAAAUCUUGUGGAACCCCAGAUUAUCCUGGAACCCCAGAUUAUCCUUACACAUCCUUCGCGCAUCGACCGCACUCACCUCUACACUGCUAUUUCCAUAGCCCACGAGACAAUCUUUUUGAUAAUUUAAUUAUUUUUGUUACUUAACAUUCACCUACAUAACCCUGCCGACAGAACCGACUACCAAUGAUUAAGGAAAGAGAUCUCAGAGAAGUGAACCAAAACACGGCCUGACCAAGUAUUUAGUAUAUUUAUAUUAUUGUGGUAACGUAAACAGACAAUUUGAACUAUAUAUAUGCCUCUUCGGUAUUUAAACACAACAACAAGCCCUUGUGAAUGAUUCCAACAAUUCUAUAUAAAUAGGGGCAAACGAGUACAGAUGACGUAACAUCAUAGAUGAUUAAUUAUGUAACAAGGGACUGCAGCGUUUCAGGAGCUACCUCCCAAAAACCAAACAAAAACCUCAGAUGGCCAGAACUUCUUUCAAAAAUCUUCGGAAAUUCCUUCGAGCUUUAAAGCUUAAGAAAAAAGUGAACAAUUUGUAGAGCGGACCUCCUUCAAGGGAAACACGGCUUUGCGAGUAUUUAUACCUUGGGAAAGAAAUAGGCAUAGCCCAGAAAGAUGAAGGCCAACAUACAGGCAUGAACAGAAUAUAACUUACAUAACGAUAUUCAUCGUUACUACUCAGCGACAAAUUGCUAUAGCAACAAAGGCAUAAUCAUUUGGACAUUACAUUAGUAUACGAUUGCUUAUUCCACGAUAUCUGCCGAUUUAACCUGAUGUGACCCGAUAAAGCGAUGCAAUACCAACACGAAAAAGACGAAGAUGUCAGUCGUAUACAAAUUUCAACAGCAAUUAUAACGCCAAUUGCAAAAAACAAAACAAAUCUAACUUAACUACCAAAACUUAAUCAGGACAAUUGGACCGGGAAACGUACAGGACCAUUUUACGACAGGAACAAAUAAAGAUGGCAUACGUUCAGCGUUUAUUCGUUUUAAGAAAGUUUCCUAACGUUUAUGCUACAUUCUCAGUCGUAGUGCACAAUGUAUUACGGCUGGAAAAG